AUGGAAGUCAAACACAGUCGACUGCUGAACACAGCCCGUCCUUAUAUGCAGAUUUUUUCCGCAUUCGGGAUCACUCCUCCGCCUGUAUUUUUCACUAGAACAUUGCACAAGCGGCGCAGAGGCAUCUUAAUUGCAGGAUACGGUUGCUUUUCAUUUGCAAUCCUUUUGAUGGUUAUCUACGAGUGCUACGCGAAUAUUGUGGCCUUGCUAAAGGAAGUUCAUGACUUCCACACGGAAGAUUUUACUAAAGUCAUGGGAAGUACGCAAAAGGUUCUCGUAGUUGCCAUGGCUAUUUGCAAUCAAUUCAACAUGCUGCUGAACUUUCGCCGGUUGAAAUUAAUUUAUACGGAAAUUGCGGAUCUGGAACAUGAAACAAAUAAUGCAUCAAGGGAUUUUUGUGGACAAAGACACUGGCUAAGCUUCAGAUUCCGAUUGGCUUUGUCAGUGGGUCUCUGGGUGGUGUUUAUAGUGGGCGGCAUUCCACGAUUUUCCCUUGUGGGUCUUGGACCCUAUCUCCACUGGAUUAAUAAGGUGUUCACCGAGAUCGUCCUCGUAAUGAUACAACUCAAAGGAACCGAGUAUUGCGUGUUUGUGUUGGUGAUUUAUGAGCUUGUUCUUCGAAUGAGUCACAUCCUUCAGCAAAUCCAGGCUGAAUUUGAGAAUUGCAAUUGCAGAGGCAGAAUUCAAGAGCUGUGUGUCGCUCUGAAAAGGAACCAACUGGUGGUGGCAAGGAUUUGGAAUCUUGUGGGUGAGAUUGGCACAUAUUUCACACUGUCCAUGAUGCUUCUGUCUCUCUACAACGGACUUACCAUCUUGCACGUGGUCAACUGGGCUCUCAUAAAAACCGUCGAUCCGAACGAUUGCUGUCAAUAUAUGCGAUUGGGAUUUACUAUUUUACUAGCGAUGAAUAUUCUUUUCGCCUGCUUCUACAGUGAAUUAUGCAUUAAAGCAUACAAUAGCAUACCUCGCAUUCUCAACCAAAUUAAUUGUUUGCCAGCAGCUGAAGAUUUUUCAGCGCUAAAAAUGGGCCUACGGGAAUACUCCUUACAAAUGCAGCACCUAAAACUUCUCUUCACUUGCUCUGGAUUCUUCGACAUAAAUCUCAAAUACUUUGGAGGGAUGGUGAUCACCGUAUUCGGCUACAUUAUAAUUGUCGUACAAUUUAAGAUUCAAACGUUUGCCCAAUUAAAAUACAAGCAAAAUAUAAACAUUAGUGAAACUUAA